AUGACAGAGUCUAUACAAGUCAAGGAGGCCUUUCAACAAGCCACCACUUUCCUGAGGCCAAUCAAUAAUUCGCAAGGGAAAUCUCUGCUGGAAGUUUUGAUUCAAAAUACCACGCAAAGCGUGUCACCAAACGAUGAGGAAGCCGCAAGAACUCUCAUUAUCGGCACGGCAUUAGACAUCUUAAGCCGCAUACAUGCAGCUUUUGUUGCGCCCGUUGAUGCCCGGAAUCAGUACCUAGCGACAGAAGGUGAAGAUACGGCGCUUGAAGAUGCAAAGCGACGUCGAAUGUUACAUGCUUUAUUGGACUUGAUCUCGCUUGAAGGCAUCUACCCAUCACUCUCGUCGGGUGUUGGAAUCCCUCUUCAGCAGAGAGUAAUUUCGGUCUUACCAGCUGGUGUCAUCGCCAAACAGGCAAAUAUUACUGCAAGCAGCACCCCGCGCAAUGUGGCUCUUCUUCAUCGGACUAUCAAAAUCUUGCUUAAAAUUAUGCUAGAUUCGAGGUCAAGCAUUCAGCCCGUUAUUGGAGGUCGCAUUCUAAGUGACAUAAUUAGCGGAACUGCUGAUCUUGCUUUCAAUCCUAAUAUUGACUUGCAAAAUGACCGCAUCAUUCUGCAAGAUCAAUUUUCUAUGAUGAUAAACGAUCAAAUAUCCCAAAUCCCACUUCGCCCCGGAGGUGUGCUGCAAACAAUUCUGUUCAUUGCCUCGCAAUUUUCUCCGUCACUUGGACAAGAGGCUCAAAGCGAGCAGUCAAAUGGACCCCAUUUCACAGUGCAGGCCAUCAUGCAAAUAUCAAAACUUCUAUCCUCCGUCCCGCAAGGUGUUGACCCUGUGUUAUACUUUACAACCAUCGCACCGCAGCUAUUGAGUCUGCUUGAUGGAAAUGACCCGGAUCUUAAAAAAACUGCGUCCUACACCAUCGGAAACGGCAUCCUGGGUAAACGCAUGUUUGGGGCCCCUGGGACCAUAGGCCAUUCAAUUUUUCUCGAGCCAAUUUUCCGCACCUUGACUGCUGAUCUUGAUGAUCCAUCGUCUCGAUGGAUGAAGCCGCAUUCUAAUUCUGAGAACCAAGAUCAAUCAAUGGGGGGACAAAGCAUUUAUCCAAACACUAUUGUGGAAAGUGCAAUGAUACAACUCGCAUUGGAUAGACUUGGAAGCCUUGCUUUACAGCAUCCAAAUCCAGGCCUUGUCAAGAGAAUCGUGUCUCCAAUUCUUCUACCACUCUGGGGUCUUGCCUGUUACUCCCAAGAACAGAAUCUGGACUCGCUUCACCAGAGAAUCAUGACUCUCCUUGGUACAUAUUUUAGUAUCUCGGUAGGGCUUCCGCCGCUCAAGAAGCUUGGUGACAACCUGCUAUGGGAUGGUGGAUCGACUUGGACAUACAGGCCCAAUUUUGAUGGCUCAAUCAGCAUUGUACAGCGAACCAGUCAGAUGAACCAGCAAUUGAACAUGAUCCAUCUGAUGAAUUCACUUGAAGCCCGAACAGACCUUUUUGUGGGCUUGCUUGGUUCUGAUCCACGCAGCGAGGAGCUGACCGGUGAUAUGUUCCUUUACGUAAGUCAGAAAUGGCUCAUGCAGCCCAAUCAAGAUGAACAGGGACAAUUAAUUGGAGAGUCAGACAACCUAUCCCAAAAAUUGGUCAGUGCGAAAAUUACAGAGAAAUUGUUGAACAACUUCAAAGAUACAUUGUCUCGUCAUCCUCUACGUGUCCUCGACCUUAUCAAACAAGUCAUAGAUGGUGAAUUGCAUAGAGGGAAAUCGGCUCAGCAUCGAAAACAAAAUUCCCAGAAACCAUCAUUAUCCUCUCUCGCCAACAUAGUCUCCCCAGAAGCGGAAGGAGAUCAUAUUGAAACUAGUAAAGAGACAUCAGAGUCACUUUCCACUGCAUUCAGUUUACUUUCCACUGUCCUUGCAUCUCCAGAGUUCUCCACAUCACAAGAGACCAAGUCGCUUUUGGUAUCGGUCAAGGAAAGCCUUGAUAAACUUAUCGGAAUCCUGCCCGAUGACCUCUGCAAACCAGCAACAACCGCAUCAAUGCUACUUGAGAUUCAGCUCGGCCCCUCGGAAGAAGGUGACAACAAACCUACGCCUACCCACUUUGCCGAUAUCGAAACACAUUGUCAAGCAUUAUCAAAUCUCAACUCAGAUUUACCUCCUGUUCAAGCAGAAGGAUUUUCUCUGCUUACGAAGCUGGUCAAUGACUCCUCUCCCGUCCUCGACAUACCCUCAACACUGACAUUACUGUUGUCAAUAAUAACCGAUAUUUCUGAGUCGACGGCCAACGAAGAAUAUAUAUACCUAAACGCAAUCAAGCUGAUAGGCACAUUGGCUUCCCGGCAUCCAAAAACCGUCAUUAAAACGCUCGUUGACAGCUACGCGGACAAAAACGAGCAUAGAACCUUGGACCAACGCUUGAAAAUCGGCGAAUCCCUGCUCCGCGCAGUACAAGAUCUUGGCGAAGCAUUGAACGGCGAAACAGCAAAAAUACUCGGCGAAGGCAUGGUCGCAGUAGCCGGAAGGCGUGGUAUCAAGUCUCAAGCCCAAGCCACACGGAAAGAACGGGAAAAGAAAGAGCGCCGUCGACAAGAACAAGAUUUCCAGAAAAACAAAGAAGAGCCCGUCAUUCCAGAGGAUGAUGAUUCAGAUACAGAGACACCGGAACAUUCAGCGCACGCGGCGAAUAUCGUUGCUGCAUGGGCAGCCGGCGCAGCAUCUGAUCAAGAACCAGAUGACCUGCGCGUGCGGACAUCAGCACUUUCUAUCCUAGCAUCGGCGAUGACGACCAAUAUCCUUGGUUUGGGAUCGGGGGUCGUAUCGUCAUCUUUGGACCUUGCGUUGGCGACGCUCACACUGGAGCCAGGACCUGAAAGUGCCAUUCUCCGACGUGCGAGUGUAAUCCUCAUAAUGGACGCUUUGAAGGCGCUUGAUAAAGCUCGCGAGGAGAGGAAAGGACGAGACAUUGGAAUUGGCUUUUCAUUGAUUGACACUGGGUAUACUGAGUUAUACGGUGGAUCCUCGAGCCAAAGGUCAGAGCAAGGGCCAGGCACUAUCGGAAACAUCCCUAUAAUACUUCGCACUCUUGGAUUCGUGGAGAGUCGAGAGGAUGAUCCGAUCGUGCGAGGUCAUCUGCGGGCUUUGGUUGAGAGCCUUGAAGCUUGGAUAGAGAAGUCCCUCAUGUGGGGAAUUGGGUGUCAAGAUCAUGGCAAGCCAAGGAUGGAAUUGAGUGAUCAAAUCGCUGGUUUGGAUAUAGAUCCUUUGUCUCAUCAUGGAUCUUCUAGACCGCGUAUUGAAGAGAUCGAGUAG